AUGGUCAAACCCACAGGAGGAAUGUCGAUCCUCGUAGGCUCAAAAACCACACCAUUACUUGAAUGUACUAUUGGGGAAUACUUUGAUUGGGUCGCUGACAAGCACCCUGAUUCCAUUGCUUUUGUAUCUAAACAUCAGCAAGUCAAGUGGACAUUUGCCAAAUUCAAGACGGAAGUGAAUGCUGUCGCUAGAGGGUUGUGGAGAUUGGGCAUAAGGAAGGGCGAUCGUGUUGGAGCCUUUUUGCCUUCAUUGGUUGAAUACCUGCUACUACUGUACGCUGCUGGGAAGAUAGGCUGUAUAUUGGUCACAGUCAACCCGGCGUAUCGAGCAGGAGAACUUUUGGACGCCCUGAAGCUCGUUGGUGUGCGAGCUCUGAUCUUUGUACCAUCGCUACGAGGCUCAAACUAUGUAGAUAUGCUCAAAAGCAUCAUCCCCGAACUGGCGUCUUCUGCACCUCAUAAUCUGUUUACUCAGGCUAUACCCGAGCUUCGAUCGUUAAUAGUAAUCGACAAUGCUCCUUGGAGUGGUAGUCAGCCGUUUGACUUUGCAAGUAAUCCCUGGGCUGUGAAUUGGAAGGAUGUUUCUGUGAACAAUGCUAAUGCUAUAGAGGAAGCGCAAUGGCGACAAGCGGCACGGUUUUUGCAAUGUCGAGAUAUUGUCAAUGUUCAGUUUACAUCUGGAACCACAGGUCGACCAAAAGGCGUUGGACUCUCGCACCGCAAUCUACUGAAUAAUGGGCGCCUGAUUGGUGACAAAAUGAAGCUCACAACUCGAGACUCCAUCGUCCUUCCAGUGCCUUUAUACCAUUGCUUUGGCCUCGUGUUAGGAAAUCUCGCGGCCAUGACACACGGAGCAGGCAUCAUCCUCCCUUCCGAAUCAUUCGACGCACUCUCCGUCCUAAAAGCCAUACAAUCCGAAAAAGCAACUGGAUGCCACGGCGUGCCAACAAUGUUUAUCGACUGUCUCAACCACCAGCAGUUCUCUCAAUUCAACCUCUCAUCGCUCCGAACGGGUAUUAUGGCAGGCACGUCUUGUCCAAUCGAGACAAUGAAGGAGUGUAUGAGUAAGAUGCAUCUACGUGAGAUUGUCAUUUGUUAUGGAAUGACCGAGACGUCGCCUGUGUCGUUGGGGACUGCAACUGAUGAUCCAUUGGUUAAGAGGAUUGAAACUGUGGGCCGAAUAUAUGAUCAUACGGAAAUUAAACUGAUUAAUCCUGAAACGAAUGAGAUUGUGCCUGUUGGUCAGGACGGUGAGGUUUGCACACGCGGUUAUCUCAUCAUGGAAGGUGGAUAUUUUGGAAAUGAAGCUGCUACCAGAGAUGCCAUUGAUGCCGAUGGGUGGAUGCAUACUGGUGAUGUUGGCGUAAUGGAUUCCGAAGGUUAUGUGAAAAUCAGUGGCAGAAUAAAGGACUUGAUCCUACGAGGAGGAGAAAACAUAUCCCCUCUGGAUGUUGAGAACUGCAUCUUGGGAAUGCAUCAAGUCCUCAACUGCUCUGUGGUAGCAGUGCCAGAUCCAAGAUUCGGAGAAGCAGUUUGUGCAGUGGUCAUACUCAAGGAAAAUGCCAAACUCACAGCAGAUGACAUACGAGCUUACUGCCGCCAGCAUAUCUCACCACACAAGAUACCUGCAUACAUCUUGUUUGAGCAGACCUUACCUGUUACUGUAACGGGUAAGAUUCAAAAGAACGUGUUGAGGGUUGAUGCUGCCCAAAAGCUUGGGUUGGUGAAAGCUGAGAGCAAGCUUUAA